CUCUUUUUCUUUCUUUCUUUCUCUCUCUCUCUCUCUCUCUCUCUCUUUGUCUUGUUCGUAUUAUAAAUAAACACACACUUUUUAAGGUUAUUUAAAUCGAACAAUCUUGAAUUGCAAUCAGUUUUACUUGUGUGCUAGUAUAUCUCCGGAAGUUCUUAUGAGUAUGGUAAGCUCAGCUGGAUGUCUCCGCAUUCUCUGAGGACACAUUUGAUGCUAAAGAAUGGAUCAACAAAACGUUCAAAUCCAACGAAGCUCAAGAGAACAAAGAUGCGUUUGUAUCAUCUUUGGUAAUGAAACUACAAUUGUAUGUACAACAAGUUAACAGUGCAUUGGAAGAAACCAGUCAAUCGGUUUUAUCAAGUUUACCAAGGGUUCUUCGAGACAGUCAACUAUUGCAACAAGAAGCUUUAGCAUUAAAAGAAAAGAUGGCUUCGGUUAAACAAGAAAUUGCUAAGGUAGAAGAAUGUACAGUAUCUUCUAUAGAAUCUUUAGAAAGAUUGGAUAGAAUAAAAACUCAACUGGAAACAGCCAAACGUGGUCUACACGAAGCAGAUAAUUGGAGUGCUUUGGCAAACGAUGUAGAAGAAGUAUUUGAAUCAGGAGAUAUCGAAGCCAUUGCUAGCAAAUUGUUCAGCAUGCAAAAGUCUUUAACCAUGCUUAUCAACGUUGUAGAUUUUGAAGAUAAAAAGCUACAAUUAGAAGGUUUAAAAAAUCGAUUAGAAGCCAUGGCUAGUCCUAAACUUGUGCAAGCUUUUAACACAGGAAAUUUAGACCAAUCCAAAGUGUAUGUGGAUAUUUUCAACAAAAUGGAAAGGUUACCUCAACUUCUGAAAUAUUAUCACAAUUGUUUGAAAGUAUCGUUGGGACAAGAAUGGAGACAAACCAUAGAAUUGGCACAGGAUGAAAAUUUGACGUACUGGUUACACACCUAUUAUGACAAACUUUUAACUACUUGGCACGAACAAGUAAAAUGGUGUCAACAAGUAUUUCCCAACACAUCUAUUGAAAUUCUUAUUAACGUGUAUGCUGAUUUAUUGAGAAGUUUGGAUCCAAGUAUACUGGAAUGUAUAGAAUCAUUAUUGAAACAAUAUUCGAAUGCUAUGCAAUUAUCUUUAUUGUUAGAACUUAAACAACUUACCAGACAUUUUGCUGUGAACAUAAAUGGAGCUAUAGAAACGUUGUCUUCAAUGAAAUCAAUCAAUCGUAAUAUUUCUGGUAAUGAAACAAGUAAUGCAAAAACAUUUGUUCAACAUGUAACAUCUUUGGCACAAGCAAUAUAUGCACCUUAUGUUCCAUACGUCAUGAAGUAUAAAACUUACGAAGUUGCACAAUUGGAACAACAACUUCAAUCAAUGGAUUUAUUACACGAUGAUCUUAGUGAAACCAUCAAUUCUUUGUCAUUCAGUAUUUCCAGAAUUAUUACUUAUGCUCAUGAAGCUAAUAAACGAUGUAAACUGUUCACCGAUGGCUGUGGUUAUCCAGGUUUACUUAAAGCCUUAAACAUAUAUUUUGAUAAAUAUAUUAUUAAAUAUCAAACAACGAUAAGACAAUUGGAAAGGAAAAAAGUUAAACAAGAAGAUUGGAAUUUAUUUCAAAUGUGUCUUACCUUGAUGCAAAGUAUAGGAGAAUUUCUGGGACAAGUGCAUCAAUUUGAAAAAUCUUUAGUUAUCGAUAUAAUCGAAUCCAAUAAUAAAUUAUUAAGUCAUACAGCGGGUCCUUUCAAUCAGUAUAAAAAAUUACUUCUCGAACCUGCCGGACAAACAGAAUUAGAACAACUCGUAGCUUCCUUUCAAAAAGAGGAUAAAACUAUUCUCGAUUCUGUAAUAAAACCGAUUCAUAAACUUUGUUCCGAUUUACAUCAUGCGACUUACGAAGUCAUUUUUGCUCCAAUAUUUUCUCAAUUACUCUUAGUACAAAAAGCACCAGCUUGGUCAGGUGAUGUAAAUAAAAUGCAUCUAAGUACAGAUUUACCAGAUUAUAGUUUUGCACCUCAAGAAUACAUCACACAAGUUGGUCAAUAUUUGAUGACAUUACCACAACAUUUGGAACCAUUUUUAUUGAGAGAUAAUCCAAGUUUAACAUUGGCAUUGAAAGCUGCUGAUCCACAGUAUGCUCAAGGAUCAAUGGAAUCUGGUUUUACUGGUAUCUUGUUAGAUAUCAUUGCUAGAGGAACUUGUCAAAUGUUUCAUGAUCAAACAUUAGCCAUUGGUCAAUUAAAUUCUGCUGCUUGUAAACAACUUGCUACGGAUAUAGAUUAUCUUGGAAAUGUUUUGGAAGAACUUGGUCUUUCAUUGUCAGAAAAUCUGCAACAUACAUCGUUGUUAUUAAGAUUACCUCCAGAGGAAUAUCAAAAUGGUAGUACUGGUUGUAACGCACGUGUCGUUGCUGCUGUUAGACAAAUGAGAAACAUUACUUCUUCUGGUUAAUAAUAUUAUUAAUUAAACAAUCGUUUUUAUAGAAAAAUACUAUACCUUAUCAUAAAUAAAAUCAAAUAU